UUUAUCUGCCAGUUCUUUGACAAUAUCUUCUGGAAGCAGUCGAGGAUCAUUGGCAUCCAGCCGUGGGUCAUUGGCAUCCAGCAGAGGCUCCCUGAGUUCAGUUAGUUUCACAGACAUCUAUGGUCUCCCUCAGUAUGAUAAGUGUGAUAUUGCGGUUGAAUAUGGUCAUCAUAAGCGAUAUGAUCCAGUUUCAGUUGAUUCUCAUAACAAAGAUGUACAGUAUCAUGAGUCUAUUGGAUCCCCAGUUAGCAGUAAACAACGAAGAUCUUUAGAUACUCCUCUGUCUUUGGCAUCAUUGUCAUCAAGAUCAUCUCUUUCUUCACUAUCACCUCCAAGUUCUCCCCUGGACACUCCCUUCCAAUCUGCUUCUCGGGAUUCUCCAUUAGUCCAUAAGUCAGAAGGGUAUGAAGAAGUAACAUACACAGGUGCAUCAGAAGUACUUCGAGCUCAGGGCUCUGUUUUGGGUGAAGACAAAGGACAAGAAAUUAUGGCAUUUAAGGCUAAUGAAUAUUCCACAAGAAAUGAAGCAGGGCUGCAAAUUAUCAAUAUUCCAAAUUCUGGUGCUGUGACGUUACGUGAAGAUAGUACUAGAAGAUUGGAAAGGAGAUCCAGGCGAGUCUCAGCAUGUCUGUCCAAUUAUUCACUGGCUAGUGACAGUGGCGUAUUUGAAGCUUUAAGCAAAAGAAAUGAAGAUGUUGAAGAAUCACUUUAUAGUGAUGGUGUCACUAAUGAAGAGCCCAAAGUGCAGGUUGGAUUUCUGCAUGACAAUGGAAGUGAGUGUCUCCUUGUCCAUGUGUUGCAGCUGAAGAAUUUUACUGGCUUUGCCAUGAAAGAAGGCUGUAAAAUACAUGUGAGAAUAUACUUACCAUCUGUUGAGUCAGGCACAACAACCACAUAUUGCUCUAAGGCUUUGGAAUUCCAGGCUUCGUUAAUAUUUAAUGAAGUCUUUCAGAUUCCUGUACAAUCAAAUAUCUUAAAACUCAAAGCGCUGCAACUUUACAUUUGUUCACUUGGCCAGCACCAACAAGAAGAAUUAUUGGGCAUUGCUCAGAUCAGCCUAGCUAACUAUGAGAGUGCUAGCGAGAUGCAGCUUUGCUGGUAUCCUGUUCAGACCUUCAUUGGUUCAGAAUGUGAACAAAAAAAAGAACAACCUAAGCGUGAAGAAAGUGCUUCUCAUUCUGUUGAAAAUAAAAAUAUAAUGAAAAUGGAUGCUGUGACUGUUCUUUUAGCUAGGACCACAGCUCAACUGGAAGCUGUCGAGAGAGAGCUUGCAGAAGAGAGAGUAAAACUGGAGUAUACAGAAGAGGAAAUACAACAGAUGGAACAAAAAGAAGAUCAAGGAGAAGCUGUGUCAGAGAGAAGCUGGCAAGCAGAAUCAGUUGAUAGUGGAUGUAGUAAUUGUAUGCAGUCCAGUUAUCACUUGGACUCCUAUUGUGGUGAAUCAUUGCAGAUUCCUAUUUUUGCCUCUCAAACAAAUCAAUGUAUUUCUGGAAAAAUUCCAGCUCCAACUUUAAAGGUGGACAAGGAGACUAAUACAGAAGAUCUUUUUCCUGAAGAAAUGGUUUUGCCUCAUAAAAACAGACUAGGCCGUCGCUCCCGUGGUUCUGCAUUUGUUCGUAAUAAUACUAUUGUUCGCUCACAGACAUUUUCACCUGGUGCACGAAGUCAAUAUAUUUGCCGACUAUAUCGUAGUGAUAGUGACAGUUCCACUUUGCAAAGAAAGUCACCUUUUAUACGGAAUACUUUGGAAAGGCGUACGUUGCGUUAUAAGCAGCAUUCAUGUAGAUCAUCUUUGGCUGAUCUUAUGGAAAGGACUUCCCUAGACCUGGAGCUGGAUCUUCAGGCAUCAAGAACAAGGCAGAGACACUUAAAUGAGGAAUUAUCUAUUCUAAGAGAAUUGCGGCAGCGUCUGGAGGAUGCCCAGCUUAGUGGUCAAACUGAUCUGCCUCACUGGGUCAUUCGUGAUGAACGAUUCCGAAAUUUGCUGAAGGAAGCAGAAAGGCAGACAAGGCAAACAAAAUUUGAGCAUCGUCAACAACAAGCAGCUGAAAAAUUGCUUAAAAAAGCUUCCAAAGAAGUAUACCAACUGCGUGGUCAAAAUAAAAAAGAACCUCUUCAGGUGCAGACUUUCCGGGAGAAGAUGGCAUUUUUUACAAGGCCAAGGAUCAAUGUCCCACCUCUGCCAGCUGAUGAUGUAUAAUGAAGUAUUUAUCUGCCUUUUCUUAUUUUAAUAUGAAGUUAUUGAACUACUUAAGUUUAUUUUUAAAAAA